AUGGAGAAGAUCGUCUUCUACGAGGACAGGAACUUCCAGGGUCGAUUCUACGAGUGCGAAAAUGACUCCAGCGACCUGCACACGUACUUCAGCCGCUGCAACUCCAUCAGGGUGGAGGGAGGAUUCUGGGUGAUCUACGAGAGACCCAACUACAUGGGCUACCAGUAUGUCCUGAGCCGAGGAGAAUAUCCCGACUACCAGUACUGGCUGGGCAUCAACGACACCAUCAGGUCCUGUCGCAUUAUUAGAAAUGUGGGGAACUCUUGGAGGAUGAAGGUUUGGGAGAGGCCCAACUUCGAGGGCCAGUCAAUGGAGGUGGCAGACAACAUGCCCGCCUUCCAGGAGCGCUGGCACAGCCGCGACGUCCACUCCUGCAAGGUGUUCGAGGGCGCCUGGGUCUUCUACGAGCACCCCAACUACAGGGGGCGCCAGUACCUGCUGGAGAGGGGCGAGUACCGGCGCUACUCCGAGUGGGGCGGCAUGCAGCCCGGGGUUGGGUCCAUCCGCCGGGUCAAGGACCACUAGCCAUGCCGUGUUGAGACCAUGUAAAACUGGGUGAAAUCUUGAACAAUAAAAUCAUGAUACAAAAUAAUGCCUUACUGCUUUUUUAAAAUUAAAUUCUUUUGACUCCAUACUUAUUCUGUGUUAGCUCUCUUUCAUUUUUCUUCACCAUUGGUUCAUUAUAAAGCCCUGCAGCUCUAUAGAAACAGAACAACCAUGAAGAAGGAGAGAGAACUCAGAGAUGUCUUAAUUAGUUAAAUAUGUUUCAGAAUAGUUGAAAGAAACCACCUGAAUCUGCACGAACGUUUUCCAGUUGUUGUUCCAGAUGUUACCAACAUUGGUGACUCUUAACGCUGUAGAUAUUUUACGACCCACGUUGUGUUGAACUUUGAAGCAACAACGGCUUCAUGGUUCUAGCGAGGAGCUCAGAGUGUUUUGUAAAUUUGUAAAACUAUAAAUUUAAAAUAAUUUCUAGACCAUGACAAGUUGUUGUGAUCAUAAAGUAAAAUACUAGAUUGCUCAUUGUUCUUUUGUUGUGUUGUGUCUCAUUUUUGUAAUAUUUUGUCUUUUUUGUCUGACUUUUGUUGUUUGUCUCAUGUUUUUGUCGUUUUUGUAUCCUUUUGGUCUCGCUUGUGGGGUUUUUUUGUUUUAUUUUUGUCAUUUCAUGUUUCGCUUUAUUCGUUGUUUUGUGUGUCGUUUUUGUCAUUUCGUGGUUUUUUUUGCCUCGCUUGUGUUGUUUGUCCUUUUUUUGUUGUUUUGUGUCUCAUUUUUGUAAUAUUUUGUCUCGUUUUUGUUGUCUGACUUUUGUCAUUUUGAUCAUAAAAUAAAAUAUUACAUCGUUCAGUUCCACAUGACUAAAUGUUGUGUUCCUUUGUAGACACUUUGCGAUCUGGAGGUUGUAAUGUGUAAAUGAUAAACUGAGGCUGAAUGUCGUUGAAUUUCAA